AUGAAGGAGGUCAGGGUAGUGAUCAUGGGUGGCGGAGGAGUUGGCAAGUCGGCCCUCACGGUCCAAUUUGUUCGCAAUGUCUUUGUCUCGACGUACGAUCCGACCAUCGAGGACACCUAUCGCAAGGUCAUCUCCAUCGACGGGCAACAAUGUCUUGUCGAGAUCUUGGAUACGGCAGGUACCGAACAAUUCAUGGCGCUCAAGGAGCUCUACAUGAAGUCAGGCCAAGGCUUUCUCCUCGUCUUUUCCCUUACUCAACUGUCUAGCGUCAAUGAGCUCGGCCCCUUGCGAGAACAAAUCGUCAGGAUAAAGGGUUCCAAGGUCCCCAUCGUCCUCGUAGGCAACAAGUCAGAUCUACGCCCGGAACGCCAAGUGCCCCGUGAAGUGGGCACAAACCUCUCACGGGCGUGGGGUAACGUGCCGUACUAUGAAGCAUCAGCGAGAAAGAAGAUCAACGUCGAUGAGAUAUUCGCAGACAUAGUACGGCAAUGUCGGGCCUGGGAGCUCGUCAAUGGGUCGGCGAGCCAGUCGGUCAAGAGCGGAAGGAAGGACAAGAAGUGCGUGGUCAUGUGA